AUGGCCGACUCCACUCCCACAACGCCCACUUCGCCUCAUGGGCCACAUGCCCCUAAUCACGAUUCAAUGGUGACCGUUGCCCUGUCCGACAAACAAUCCAACUCGGAACACACUCAACCAGACUGGCGCACAAUCGACAUUCCAUCCACACCUGUUCAAUCGAGCUACAGGUCGGACGCAAACCGGAAUACCGCCGACUCAUUCGGUCCCAUACCCCUCAGAGAUGCCGCAAAGACCAACCCACUGGCCACGGAGCCUUCGACCCCGACUGCGACAGAGCCCAGACAGUUAGAUGAAGAUAUGGAGCACGAGGUCGAUUGGGAGAAUUUGGAUAAAACGGAGGAACAGGAGCCACGUGGAGAGGGUUCGGACGAUUCCACGGCUCUGCUAUUGGCCCGAUUGGAACAAGAGAACAAUGCUUUGGCUAUCGAUCCCAAGGCCGGCUUAUCAAAUGCCCCGAAGAUCCAGACACAUCACCGUCAGUCUCGAUCACAGUCACUACACCAAAUCAAGCGGCUGAUCCGUGACCCGGCUCGGGCUGAACUACGCUACUCGCAACUUCCACCUCCACCGAUGACCGAGUUGGAAUUCUGGGCAGCACUUGUGGCAGACUACCCGCAGACAGCUCAGCGUCUGCCAACCUUGACAUCGAACAAAAUUCAAGGAGGUGUACCGCCGCCACUAAGAGGGGUGGUAUGGCCCAGUCUGACCGGGGCUCGCGAUCCUAGUCUAUUGGAUGAGUUUCAGCGACUCUCGGGGGAGAGUAGCCCUUAUGAUGGCCUGAUCGGUAAGGAUAUUGGCCGCAGCUUUCCCAAUGUCGAGAUGUUUCGGGAUCCCAAUGGCGAGGGGCAGCAGAUGUUGGCCCGCGUGUUGAGAUGCUUCAGUUUGUACGAUGCUCAAAUCGGGUACUGCCAAGGUCUGGGAUUUGUGGUUGGACCUUUGCUCAUGCACAUGUCGGAUGCGGAAGCUUUUUGUGUGCUUGUUCGUUUGAUGGAUCACUAUAAUCUGCGCCAGUGCUAUCUGCCGGAUCUGUCGGGCCUUCACCUUCAUGUCUACCAAUUCCAGAACCUUUUGGCGAGGCACCGACCGACCUUGUUCGAGCAUCUGGAGUCGCUGAAUGUUGAACCGGUCUAUGUGUCACAGUGGUUUCUGUCGUUCUUCGCGGUGGCGUGUCCGUUGCCCAUGCUUCUUCGAAUUUACGAUGUCAUUUUCCUCGAGGGCGCUUGUGAGACCCUGAUGCGUGUUGCACUUUCUCUGAUGCAGCGAAACGAGAAGCGAAUCUUGGCAUGUGCCGAGUUUGAGGAUGUUAUGCAACUACUACUGUCGCGCAGUCUAUGGGAUACAUAUGCCUUUAAUGCGGAUGAUCUUGUUAAUGAUUUCGUGUCACUGACUUCCCUCGUCACUAAAGAGAGCUUACAGGCGCUGGAAGCUAGUUACAAUCAAUCGCAAGGUGUACCAACCGGGAUUUCGUUCCCACAAAUGCAGGCUGCAGCAUCUCGCUUUCUGGGACGGCUAUGGGCGGGUUCAAAUAACCACAACUCAGUCAAAUCUUUAAAUCCCAACCCCAAUCCGUCACGCCCCACGAGCACAAUUCGGCGCUCCACAUCAAAACAAAGCUUGACGUCAACACUCAAUUCGGUUGAAACCACCUCUGACGCGAGCACCGCCCCUACUGAAUUAUCAGCUGGCACAACAAACCUGGAUGGUCAAAAAUCACGAAUUAAAUCAAGCAUGUCUGUUAACCAAAAAGAUCGCGAUCUCCAUACGCAGAUUGAGGACCUUUUGAUGGCAUUGGGCGAUCUUCAACAUCAACAUGCAGAUUUGAGCCGAGAGUUGCAACAAGAACGUGAAGAGCGCGAAGAAGACCACGCCUUGGCGAAAGAAAUGCUCAAUUGCCUUCAGGAGCUACCGGAAGAGUCCCGACCUGUGGAACUUGUCUCCAAAGCACAAGCCCGAUACUCUUCGAACGAACCCAAGCACGCGUCGAUUCCUCAGACUAAACACCAGCUUCAUGAUGACUUGACGCGGUGGAAAGAAAUGCACGAGGUAGAGGCCAGUCGAUGCAUGGAUCUUUCCCGACGCAUGGAUGACUAUGAAAAAGAAAACACAAUCUUGAAGGAUCAGCUUCGCGAAGCCCGCGGUCGAAUCCAAGAUGGUUAUCGUGAUCGCCAACGCCUGGAGCGAAAGAACCAAGAGCUCCGCACCCUUAAGACCAACACCUCCGAGCCACGAACACCACCGGAGAUUGUUUCCCCCGCGUCUGACACGAGCGAGAAGGCAUCCCCUCGGGGACUUCGUGAACUGAAGCUAGCCCGGAGUAACUCCCAGAAGAGUAUCGCGUUUAGUAAACGUUCCAGUAGCCUGGGCCUUCAGGCUAUUUUGUCCACGGAAAACAACAAACCCGCGCCCGAGGAUGCCUUACUUCUGGAGCUUGUUGCGUCUAAGACAGCAGAGGCCGUGGCUCAACAAGAACUCGAAGAAGUCAAGUCCAAACUUGAUUCCUUGCGAAAGAUGAUUAGCGCGCCCCAAUCCCAGGCGAAGCUUGACAAUCGCCACUCUUUCUUCGGGCAUAGUUCAAAGAAUAGCAUAUCGAAAGCCUCGACUGAACCCGUCAAGACCCCAAGUGCCUCAAACAAUGCUGGAGGUGGCGGUGGUGGGUUCUUCAGCGGUUGGGGUCGUCGAGCUCCACCGAGCACCGAAACCCCCUGA